AAACGAAUAAGCUCCACGCCUUCUGGGACAUGGACCGAGUAUUUAGUAAAGAAUUCUUGAACGCGAGCGGCGAAGGCAUCCAUCUUGGCCAUGCCUUUGCUGCCCAUAAACCCUUGGGUAACGAGAAAGAAGCGAGAUUGUCUCCUGUUCUUGAGACAGAAAGUUGGAAACCACUGGUCCAUCAAGGACCUCAUCUAAAUCAUAGUCCUCAUCUGUCUGCGACGUGUCUGGCAUGCUACGCUGGUGUGACGAGAGGUUGUGGUGGAAACCAGGCUAAAUGGAUCUCGAUCCCAAUGGGCCCACCUGCCGGGUUUGCAUACUCCUCGACACAACUUUCUCUCCGAAGCCGUCCGCUUCUAUCUGGGAGACAGCGAACGUUAUGCGACAAACCCGAUAUAGGAGAUACUCCCUGCUCGCUGUCCAUCGUGGAGAGCCGCCGGAUCCUCCUGAGUGUGAAAGAAAUCUUUUUUGGAACAGGCCAUGAGGAAAAGGGAAUUGCGAGA